ACCUCAUUACACACAGUAAUUCAUUAAAGAUUGGAACGAUAGUCCAGUAUAAAAGUCACCCAGUCAAGUGUUAUAUAAUUAUUAUAUUAUAUAGAAGGCCGAAGAGUAUCCGCUCCUAUGCUUAGCUUUCAUGCGCUACGACUCAUCCUGUGGAGCCUCUAGCCUGUUUUGGUCAGUUGAAACAACUAAUGACAAGUUGAAUAUUCAUAAAUUCCAAAUGGUGCGAAAUAUACAUUGUUUUGACCCUAGGACGCAAUUUCAUCGUGAAAUUAAACAUGAUAUUAUUUCCCCCAAAUUGUUCGCUAAUGUCGCGAAGGACAUGCCCAAUGCAAUGGAAAAAGCGGGGCGUGAUAUAAACAAAAAUACAAACAUACACAUAGUCUAUCAUUUGAGAUGUGGCUCAAGGAAGUGGGAGGACGCGAGCUCAUUCGAGGCCUACGUCUAGGACUAGAACUAGGAAUUUUGAUCUGUUUUAUAGAAUAGGUCGGCAAACGAGCAGACGGAUUACCUGAUGGUAAGCAAUCAGCGCCGCCCACGGCGAUUAGGUUUUUAGGGAUUAGGGUUUUGGAGAUUUAGGGAUUGGGAG